CUCAUAUACGAGAGAACCAAAAAGAGUGAGAUGGGAUCGAGAAGAUUGGAAUUUCUUCUCCUGCUUUUCUUCUUCCUUCUUUCAUCUUCAAAUACUUUGCAAUAUCUUUUUGCUUCAGCUUUGAAUGAAGAGCAAAAUGUUAGAAACAGAGAGAUAUGGGAGAAUCAUUCAACCAAAACAAGAUUGGUAGGAGAGAUAAUAGUGGAUCGUCGGGGAGCUACUGGCGCUGGAGGGUCUCGCGGAGGUACCUAUAGUUCCAGCAGUGCCAUGAACCAUGGCAACAACAACGACAACAAACCAUCUCACCGUAAUUCUGGUGGUUGCACCAUCAGCCAUCUUGGCUUCACUCGCUUGGGUUUUCUACUAUUAUCGUCAUUUUUGCUUAUCUAGCUUAAACACAUGUAUAUGCUGAAUCGAAAUGAGGCUUGAGAAAUGAGAUACUGGUAUGAUGUAAAGUGGGUAUAACUUAAGUGUAUCAAUCAUAUCACAUAAUGUACUUUCCUUUCAUGCGAGUUAAUGAUAUUUUCGAAGUGUACUAUCAAUCA